GCGGUGCAAAAUGGUCUUUGCCGGCCAACGUUAUUACGACAUUAAUCAGAUCAUGUUGACGAAAAUCGGCUUGUGGCCGUAUCAGAAGCCGAGCAUUUUGCAAACGGUAUUCAUUCUCAGUGCACUCAUCUUGUUUAUAUUGUCUCAGUUUGCAGUAUUUUUAACGACGGAGUGCGACUUUAUAGAUGUAAUUAACAUAUUUUCGUACACUUUGCCCUGUUUCGUGUAUCUUAUACUUUAUAAUUGCUUUUACUUCAAUAUUAAUGAAGUGAGUACUAUUUGCGGUUUUCUUCACCCGAGAUUCUCGCAUUUUGCGCGAAUUUCGUGUUUUCGUAAGCAAAAGAGGUCCAUAAUACAACGAUUGUCUAAACGGCAGAUAAAACAGCUAUUGGAGCAAAUCAAGAUGGAUUGGAAUAUAGUCGAAUACAGCGAAAUGCAAAUAUUGGAGAAAUACGCCGUUGGAUCUCGUAUAAUUUCGCUGAUUCUGGUCUAUGUUCUAAUAUUCAGUGGGACAAUUCUUAUAACUGUCGAGACGCUGCCAAUUAUUCUUGACAUUAUCGCACCGAUGAACGUAUCACGGCCACGCAAGAUUGUGGUAGAUUUAGAGAUAUUCCUCGACCAGCAGCAAUAUUUUUAUGUCUAUCUGAUAUACGAGAUCGUACCCGUGUUGAUCGGAUUUCUCACGGUAACCGCGGUCGGCUCAUUGCUGCUUGCGUUUCUGACGCACUCUUGCGCCAUCUAUAAAAUCGCUAGCAACUUAAUCGGAAAUAUAGUGACUAAGCAGACGCUUGAAAUUCCCGCCGAUCAAAAAGCACGCGAGAUGUACCGAAGGAUCACUCGUGCCGUGUUUAUGCAGAGAAAAGCUAUACAGUUCACCAAAUUCUUAAUGAAUAGCGUGGAUAAGUGGUUUUUCGUAUUGAUGGUGGUCGGUGUAUUGUCUCUGAGUUGCAAUCUUCUCCGAUUUCUUAUUACAAUCACAAUGUUAAAGGAACUAUCUGAUGCGAUAUUAUGCGGUGGACUGGUGUGUUGUCAUUUUGGAAUGUUGUUUAUAAGUAAUUUCAUAGGGCAAUUUGUUAUGGAUCAUAGCACGGAAAUAUUUACUGCAGUAUGUAACAUCACGUGGUAUUUAGCUCCGUUGCAGAUACAAAAGUUGCUGUUAUUUGUCAUGCAAUAUUCUUUAAAGGCUAAUAGGAUAAUGCUUGGAGGAAUUUUCGUAGCAUCUUUAGAGGGAUUUUCUUCGCUGACAACUACAUCAAUAUCAUACUUCACGGUACUUUACAGCACGUUAUAAUAAAUAAGCAAUGGAGAAGUACCAAUUGCUUUAGAGACUUUUACAUAAAGGAAAAAGAGUUUCUUGCAUAUAUAACUAUAUAUCCGCUUAAGCAUAUUCUACACGAAAACUUAUAUAAACAUUUUAUAAUACACCAGUCGCAAGUAUCUCGUGUUUUGAAUAAGUUCUCUAUCUAAUUAUUGCAAAAGAUGAGAAGAGUAUAAUUAUUGCAUUUCGUAUAAGUACAAUAAUCGUUAACGCGUGUCGCCCAACAGAAAUAGUCGAAAUCAUGCCUGAUGACAUGAGAGCAAUAUAUAUUACCACAUUGUGACGGCUUGUAUUUCACUUUAAUCGCAAUAUGUUAAGUCGUAUGCCAAGUUAAAUCGAAAUGAAACUUAGUGUUCUGCCCAAAUCCUUAUUCCAUAUGUAUAUUUA